AUGGUUUGCAAUAUUUUCCAUACCAGCUACUAUACCACAAGGAAAAGAAAGAAUAGUGAAGAAGAUACCGAUUCACAAGGACACACUAUGUACUUGGACCUAGGACACGGUACGACUGAUUAUACUGUCAUGUCAUAUGAUCAAAACCAAAAGAAAUUCAUUUUGAAAGAUAGUGGUGGGUGGCCUUCUGGACUCUCAUGGAUUCAAAAUUUGAUCAUGAGAGAGAAGAAUUUAACUUUUCAAGAAGCCACCAAACUACUAAAUAAGCAAUUCGACUCACUAGAUUCCAAUCCUGUUGACGGUAUUGCUGAUAUUCAAGAAAAGAUUUAUAAUGAGUUUGAGAAAUUAUUACAACCUUUGUUGUUGGUAAUUUUUGAAAAUUCAGUUACAAAGGUUUGCUUUGUAGGUGCUUUCAUUCAUUGCCAAUACUUUAGAGAGAUUAUUAAGAAAAUAAUUUCACACUCUUACAUUUCCAAAUUUGUAGAGGAAAGAAGAAAGUAUUUCAAGGAAGAAUUCAAGUUAAAGAAGUUGGAAAAGUUUUCCAUCUUCUUCCCUCCAAAGGCAGGUGCUAGUUGCAUCAUUCAAGGCUUGAUGCGUAUGGUUGAGAAUUCAAAUGGACUCAACCACUGUUAA